CCCUAGAAGAUUGUCAUAGUUUGACUUUUUUGGUUAAGCUGUGGUAUCCUUGACCACGAAUUGAAUAUAGUUUAAAAUAAUUAAAUAUUAUAAAAUUUUGAUAUUUUAAAACUAUAUUUUAAAAUAAAUCACAUUUUAUUAAAUUUAGAUUAUAAUUAAAUAUAGUUUUUUAUAAUUCACACGGGCGUCGUCAAGGCCUACGUGCUCCCGAUCUGCGACGACAUCAUGGCCGUCGAUUGGAUCUCCGACGAAUUAGCCGGCCCGGUGAAGGUGCCUCCCGGAUCUGCCAUGAGGGUGACAUUUCUGAAGCUGAAGGAGAAUUCGGGGGAAGGCGAGAAGGGCGAGAUCCUGAGGGUGACGAGAGGAAUCAAGGAGAAGUUCCCUUCGAUUGAUCAGCUGAGCGUCGGGGAAAACCUGUCGCCGGCGAGGGCGAAGGGCUUCUCGAUCGGAUCGGUUGCCGUGUUUGGAGGGGUGAAAGAUUUGGAGGCAUUGGAGUCGGAAUCGGCGGCGGCGGCGGCGAAGGAGGAGAAGGACAAGGUGAGGGAGUUUCUGGACGGCGUGCUGGUGGUUGAUAACGCCGUUCCGGCUUAUCUGUAGGGGUUAAAUACGUCAUUCUACCAUUGUUGCGGGUCUUUUAGAGUUUUUUUAUGAAGUAUAAGUAGAUUAAAUUUUUAAAAUGGUU